AUGCAGCAUAGCUGUAGUCAAUAUUUAUCAUUGGAUCAUCUCGACUCACUUAUUUAUUUGGAUUGCUUUAUCAAUGAAGUACUUCGUUAUAUUCCAACGAUUGAUGGAACAAGUCGCACAGUGAUCGUUGAAGACUGUCUACCCAAAAGCGGUACUCGACUCUACAAAGGUAUUCAAGUACUCAUUCCGACAUCUGCUCUUGCUCGAGAUGCUCGUCACUGGAAAAUCGAUCCUGAUUUAUUCUAUCCAGAAAGAUUUCUUAAUGAAGAUAAAAAUCAUCAUCCAUAUGUAUUUCUACCAUUCGGAAGUGGCCAUCGUCAAUGUCUCGGACAAAAUUUGGCUCAAUUAGAACUCAAAGUAAUUCUAGCUCGCAUGCUGCAACAAAUAACUAUCGAUGAUGGCGGUCCUGAAGUCAAUGGAGGCGGAUAUAUUCAAGCAUUGACUAUCAUGCCCAAACAUGUCGGAGUUACUGUUGAAUUCAACUGA